AUGUGUAUGAGUGAACUUCCCACUUGUCUCCACAUGACCACCCAAUCUCCCACCAAGCAGCUGCUGCAACUCUCCACACGUAACCCCAGCAACAGUGAAGAAGACUCUUAUGUCCACCUACUCUUUGUGGAUUUCACGUCUGCUUUUAACACCAUCAGACGACAGACUCUGGUUCAAAAACUCACAACACCUGGGCUGAGCUCCAGCCUCUGCAACUGGGUGCUGGACUUUUUAACAGCGAGGCCGCAGUCUGUGAGGAUCCACGACGUCUCCUCCUCCUCCAUCACCCUCAGCGCAGGUAUCCCUCAGGGCUGUGUGCUGAGCCCCAUCCUGACUGGGAAGUUUGCAGAUGACACAGCUGUAGUUGGACGCAUCACCAACAACGACGAGUCCUGCUACAGGCAGGAGAGUAAGGGUGCAGCCAUGCAUGCAGGCACUGCCUUUCUUUCAGGUCUCCUUAUCUUUGGGGCCUUAUGGACGGAGGUCCAGCCUGCUUCACCUGUGCCCUCCGUCCCUGACCGCGUCCAGGCACUGGUGGGCUCCUGUGUGGUGAUUCCCUGUUCCUUCACUCCUAGAACUACUAAUCUUCCCCGGAGGCAGAGGGAGAGGCUGGAUGUGCAGCUGAGAUUCAAAAAUGAUAGAACUUUCUUUGCUCUCCGGGGCAUUGCUUUUGACAGCCAGGACAAACAACAAGUGAGUAGGAAUUUCCAAGGGCGGACGUCCCUCUUUGGCCGAAUUACAGAUGGAGACUGCUCAGUGAAGAUUGACAGGAUCACACGGGAUGAAUCAAAAUUGUUUGAGAUUGCUCUGAAGAAAGGAGGCGAACUAGUCUGGGGGAAGCCGAUGAGGAUUAAUCUGGAUGUUAUUGACACCCCUGAGCCUCCCGUCAUCAGCGGCGCGCUGUCAGCCACAGAAGGACAGCUGGUCACGCUGAACUGCUCCGUCAGCUACCACUGCCCCUCCAGUCCCCCUGCCCUGCAGUGGAGGUGGGAGCACGGAGCCCGGCUGAACAGCACCGAUCUCCUGGAGGUGCAGGCCCUCGGCCCACACGCCCACAAGCUGAUGGCUUCUGUGUCCUUUACCGUGGCGCACCAGGUGAAGCCCAGGCUCGUGUGUGAGGUCAACUAUCCAGGAGCCCAAACAGUAGCCACCGCCAAAAAUCUGCAUGUGAAAUUUCCACCUAAAGAUGUGAAGAUUCAGGUUCAGACGUUGACGGUCCAUGAGGGAGGCAGUGCCUUACUGGUGUGCUCAUGCAAAGCGGACCCUCCAGCUUCAGAAUACCGCUGGUGGUACAGCCAGCACGGCCGCACCGUGCGCCUUCACCAGCGAACGCACACUGUGCGGGUGUUCAACGUGACACGAGAUAUGAGAGUCCACUGCUCAGCUCAGAACCUGGUUGGUCGAGGAGAGUCCAAGCCGACGUCGCUGAAUAUACAGUAUAAGCCAGCCAUCCUCCGGCUCUCCUCCGCCUGCGUUGUGGAGGAUUCGAAGUUGCUGUGCAACUGUUCAGUCGACUCCAACCCCAGAUCUGCAGUCACCUGGAGCGUAAACGGGACCUCUCCCCCCCACGAUUACAACGCGUCCGUGAAAUCAGAGCCCAACGCGCUCACAGCCUCGUUGAGAGGUCGCAUGGACAAACCGCUGACGGUGAUCUGCUUUGCCAUCAACUCACUUGGAAACGACUCCCUGGUUUUGCUGGAGGGAGAAGAAGAAACAGCCCUUUUGUUAUGGUUGGUUAUUCCUGCUGCAGCCGUCUGCCUGGCCUUCGCUUUUCUGUUCCUCCUCAUCUACUGCUGCAGGAAGAGAGCUGGAAGGCAGGUCCUGCAGAGACCUCCAAGCCUGUUUCCUGGAGGACUGGGAAUUUAUCAGGAGAGGAUGCCCCUUUACAUCAACUGCACAGAAGUGACUCAUGUUUACACCAAUGGCAGCUAUCAGCUCGUGUACCAGAACUGCACACCUCUUUUUGUUCAUACGAAGCAGAUUCGUCCAAUGGGCCGAAGAGGCGGGGAGAGAAGGAGAGGAGAAGAGGCUGGAUGGGCAGAGAGACGACCCACAAGAGAGGUGCAGGGGACUGCUGGUGCUGAUCCAGAAACAGCCGUCUAUGUAGAGAUCCUAUGAGUUCUCGUUGGCAUUAGAUGUCAGAAUCAUUGACAUUUGCUGAUUGGCCUGGCUGUCAAAGUAUUGUAUAUAGUAUAUAUUCAAGCGUAUUAUAUUUCUUAAUAGCAUGCUGUCUAUUGUCAUUACCCUUUCUGUGAGUCAAUGGUGGCCUAUCACCUGCAACAUUGCUUUUUUUCUGUAAAUGUUUUGAGAUAAUUAGGUUUCAGUCUCUCGUAUAUGACAGUCCUUACAACCCAAACACAAGCCAUCAGACACGAUGUCAUAUGAACACCAGCUGUUCAAGCAGCAUUUGCAUAAGCUUGCAAUUCAAUCCGUCGUUUUGUGGUUAAAGUUUCUCCAGAUGAAUCGAGAUCGAAACUAACACUCUUUCAAUUUGCAAUAUCUAUUGUAUCAGUUAUUACUCUUUUCUGUCAACAAACCAAAGACACUGGGGGGACCCUUGAAGGUCUGGAAUUAUUACUACUACUAUGACUAUUCAUUCUUCAUCCAUCCAAAAUGACAAAAUUAAGAUAUACUGUAUGGUAGCAUUGAAGGUAAUUUGUUGUAUGUCCUUGAACUAAUGUAGCUGAUCUACUGUGGAACUGGAAAUUCUGUACUAUUGUAUUUUUCUUGAUAGUGUUUAUUGAACUUUUUUUCUAUAUCUAUAUGGAAUCUUUUUUAGAUGUAUGGGCAUUUAUGGGUUCACUUCUUGCACUGCUUUAGAUAACAGUUUUGAACAGAUUGAUUUGAAAUGCAAAACACUGAUGAAGUUUAACUAUGACUCACCCACGGAUGUUGAGUACUGAAUAACAGAAUUUAAGAUGUGCCGUUUAUGAUCUAUUGAAAGAUUUAUUUCUAACAUCAAGCAGGAUUUGGUGUUUGUCUGCAUUUUUUGUCGUUAAAUGGAAUUUGAACACUUAUUUUUAAAUAUGAAAAUAA